AUGGAACUUUGGUGCUUCUGGGUGCGUCAUGCCACUGAAGAUUUGGUGGCUGAUAUGAUUGACAAACUUUGUACAUUCAUCAUGUCAAUGUCAUCAUCAGAAACGCCGCUUUGUCCUGAUUCUGUUCUCAGAAGAACUACGAAGUCCAUCUGCUUUCUUCUUACUCACAGCCACAAAUCUUUAACAGCUCGAGUCUACAAAAACAUUUCCACAGAGAGCAGAUCUGAAUCUGCACCAGAUGCAUAUCUAGCCUUGCUGUUAGAGGGCUUUCCACUGAAUUUUCUUACAGACAGAAUCAAAAACGACGCAAAGAAACAGAUCGUUGCAGAUUUCUUCCACUUCAUUGAGAAUUUCAAUGAGAAACCAUCAAAUUCAUCCAGAUACACUGUGUUAGGAGCUCCUGUUUUUGCACUCUCUGCUUGCCUUCGGAUACUAGACAUGAGCAUAUCAGAGAUUGACUCCAAAACUCUGAAGUUUGUCGUCGAUCUCAUUCACAAGUACAAGAACUCCAAAGAUGAAGCGACAAGGGAUCGUUACAGAGAGAUUCUCAGCGAAACACUGUCAAUCAUCUCAAGAAGCGAGCAGCUAUACACUUGCCAAGAGAUGGAUAGUGUCAUAACAGAGCUUCAAAAGCUAUUCAUUUCAGAAACUGGUGAUCGUCAUCAUCAUCUCUAUAAAUCGAAGCCAAACCUCGCUCUCUUCUUGUCAGGACUUAUCAAAUACGAGAUGUCUGAAACCGAGACCUGUCCAAAGAGCCGCGCGGUCUGGGAACUAUACCAUUUGCUUCUCAGGGAACGCCACUGGGCUUUGGUACACCACGCGGUUACUGCGUUUGGGUAUUUCUGUGCACGUACGAGCUGUUCUCAGCUGUGGAGAUUCGUACCUGAAGAUGCGGCUCUGGCCUUCGAUAGAGCUUCAGGAAAAGAAGCGAAAACAGAGCGGUUCAUGUCGGAACUAAAGAUGUUCUUGGAGAAAGAAGGAGCGCUUCUCUCGCUUACACCUUCACAAGAGGAACUCGAGUUACUUGCGGAAGAAGGCACGGAGGUUAAUGCAACAGUGCAGAAGUUUCUAGAAGGAAGAAACCAGCAGAGAUCGAUGGAAGCAGAGAAACGACCGAACAAGAGAAGGAAACUUCCAGAAGGUAUUUGCAGAGGAGUGGAGCUGUUGCAGAACGGAAUGAAGAGGAUCAACGAGGGUUUAAGCGAGUUGAGAUCAGAUGAAAACGAGAGUGAAGAUUUUCAGAAGAGUCUACAGAAUCAGUUUUCGUGUCUUGAAGAUUUGGUGUCUCAUUUGGUAAGCCUCGCUGCUUCGGACUAA